AUGUUAAUCAAUUGCAUCCGCCAUUUUGCCGCAAUUAUUUUCUGCUUCCGAGUGUCAUUCGCAGUUUCUAAGGCGAAUACUCGAAGAAAUCCCAAUAUUUACGACCGUUAAAUGUGAAAAGUGGCCCCGUGGUGAUUCCCGAUUAUGGCUAGAUACGGUCAGCGACCAGAAAAUGCUCUUAAAAGGGCCAAUGAAUUCAUCGAAGUUGGGAAACCAACCCGGGCCCUUGAUACGCUCCAGGAAGUUUUCCGGAACAAAAAAUGGGCUUACAAUUGGUCGGAAUCUGUUUUGGAACCCAUCAUGUUCAAGUACUUGGAUUUGUGUGUCGAACUCAAAAAAUCCCAUAUUGCAAAGGAGGGGCUGUUUCAAUACAGAAAUAUGUUUCAAUCUGUGAAUGUUGGAUCUUUAGAAAAUGUAAUCAGAGGAUAUUUGAGGAUGGCUGAGGAAAAAACUGAGAAUGCCCGUGAGCAAUCUGCCCAAGCGGUGGUUGAUAUAGAUGAUUUAGAUAAUGUAGCUACUCCGGAAAGUAUAUUAUUGAGUGCUGUGUCUGGGGAGGAUGCUCAAGAUCGUUCAGAUCGUACAAUCUUAACACCUUGGGUAAAAUUUUUAUGGGAAUCUUACUGUCAGUGCCUGGAAUUGUUACGUACAAACGCCCAUGUUGAAACUUUAUAUCACGACAUAGCCCGCAUGGCCUUCCAAUUUUGCCUCAAAUAUAAUCGUAAAACAGAAUUUCGUAAAUUAUGCGACAAGCUUCGCAAGCACCUCGAAGACAUCUGCAAGCUUCCUGCUCAAGUUGCUAACGUUUCUAUGUCUAAACCAGAAACGCAACAACUUAAUUUAGAAACGAGACUUUAUCAAUUAGAAUCUGCAAUUCAAAUGGAACUGUGGCAGGAAGCUUAUAAAGCUAUUGAAGAUAUUCAUGGGUUAAUGAACAUGUCCAAGAAGAUGCCUGUGCCAAAAACGAUGGCUAAUUAUUAUCAAAAAUUAGCAAUGGUUUUCUGGAAAGCUGGGAAUUAUUUAUUCCAUGCAGCUGCAUUGUUUAAGUUAUUCCAAUUGUCGAAAGAAAUGAAGAAAAAUAUUACACAAGAAGAAUUACAACGAAUGGCGUGUACUGUUUUAAUUGCAACUUUAGCAAUUCCGCUUCCGUCAGCUCACCCAGAAUUUGAUCGUUUCAUUGAAACCGAUAAAUCUCCGUUGGAGAAAGCACAAAGACUCGCUGUUUUAUUAGGUUUAUUCCAACCACCAACCCGAGCCUCUCUUUUAAAAGAUAUUGUAAAAGCUAAUGUUGUGAAUUUAGCCACCCCCCAACUUCAAGAUCUGUAUAAUUGGCUUGAAGUUGAGUUCCAUCCAUUAUGUUUGUGUUUCCGCGUUAAAUCCGUCAUUGAAAUAUUACAACAAAAAGAAGAAAAUUCACCAUUAGCACAAUACGUGCCUGCUUUACAAGAUGUAACCUUGGUAAGAUUAAUCAGGCAAAUAGCCCAGGUUUAUCAAACCAUCGAGUUCUCCCGAUUAAUCGAACUCGCCCAAUUUACGACUCCGUUUCAUAUGGAGCGUUUAUUAGUUGAUUGCGUUCGCCAUAAUGAUAUGCAAAUCCGUAUUGACCACAAGAAAUAUUGCGUUCAUUUCGGAAUCGAUUUAUCGGAAAGUCAAAGGGAAGACAACCCCGAAGGGCCAACUUUGCAAAGUAUGCCCAGCGAGCAAAUUCGCAAUCAACUAGUCAGUAUGGCAACGGUUCUCCAUCGAGCCGUUAAUGUAAUCAACCCGAAUAAAAAGAAGAGCGAGCGCGAAAAGAUGCGAGCCGCAAUGGUCGCGAAUUAUCACGAAACUAAAGUCCGAGAACAUCAAAGAAUAUUGCAACGUCGCCGGAUCAUCGAAGAUCGUAAAGAAUAUAUUGAGCGAUUAAACACCGUUCGUGAAGAAGAAGAACAACGUCGCCUCGAAGAAAUGGCUCGCCAACAGGCUUUGGCCGAACAGAAACGUUUGGAACAAGAGCGCGAAGAACGCGAACGUAAACGAGCCUUAAACGAAAUCCAACAAAUCAAAGAUCGACAUUUAAAAGAAAAAAUGCAACAAAUCUCGCAAACGAGUCACGGUCAAAAGAUUUUAAAAAAACUCGACGAGGAUGAUAUCAAAAAAAUGGACGCCGACCAAAUCGCAGCUCGUGAAGCCGAAGAAUUACAAAAAGAACGUCGCGAACUACAAGCAAAACUUAAAUCACAAGAAAAGAAAGUUGAUUACUUCGAACGCGCGAAACGCUUAGAAGAAAUCCCACUACUACAAGCAAACAUGAAAGAGCGUCAAUUACAAGACCAAGCGUUUUGGGAGCAACAAGAAGAGGAACGAAUCAACGCUGAAAUUGAAGAAAGAAAACUUGCCGAAACCACCCAAGAACGUCUCGGUCGCAUGAAAGCCGACAAAGCAGCUUUCCUCGAGAAAUUAAUGAAAGAACGAAACGUCGUUUACGAGGAUAAAUUAAAAGAUUUCGAACGAAUCUUAGCCGAUGAACGUAAAAAACGUCUCGAUCAACGCAAGGAACAACGCAAACAAGAGCGUCGCGCGAAAUAUCUAAAAGAAAAGGAGGAGGAAGAGGAACGUAAACGAGCGGAACAACGGCGGAAAGAAGAAGAGGAAAAAGCUAGGUUGGAAGAAAUCGCGAGAAAGGAACGCGAAGAAAAGGAACGUAUAGACCGGGAGGAGAAAGAAAGGGCGAUGAGGGAAAAAGAAGAAAUGUUGGAACGAUCGGCCGCUAAAAAAAGGCAGAGAGAGGAGGAGAUUGAAAGGAAGUUGCAAGAGGAAAAGGAAGCAAGCAUGAAAUCGAAUGAAGAUGGAGGAUCUCAAAUUUGGAGAAGAGGAGGAGGUAGUGGUGGUGGAGAAAGAGAUAAGAAAUUUGGGGGAGACGAUCCUUGGAGACGUGGAGGAGAACGUGGGGAAAGAACGGAGGAGGUUAAAAAACCUACUGCGUGGAGAUCUUCUCGCGUGCGUGAAGCUGAACGUUCAACUGAUUCAAAACCAUUAGAAUCAUCAUCAUCAGAUCAUCGACCAUCAGAACCAUCUGCCGGUGGUGGUGGUGGUUGGCGUUCGGCUCCUCGUUCCGGAGAUUCCCGAGAAAUGGACCGUCGCGGAGAUGAUCGUUAUGACGAUCGUCGUCGUGGUGACGAUCGCGGUGGCUAUGAGAGAAGAGACGAUAGAGAUCGUGAUGAUAGGAGAGAAGAUCGCGAUCGGCGCGAUGACAGGAGGGAUGAUCGAGACCGUCGGGAUGAUAGAAGAGAUGAUCGAGAUCGCCGUGAUGAUAGAAGAGAUGAUCGCGAUCGCCGUGAUGAUAGAAGGGAUGAUCGAAGGGAUGAUCGAGAUCGCCGCGAUGACAGAGAUAGGGAUAAUAGAAGAGAUGAUCGAGAUCGUCGCGAUGAUCGUGACCGAGAUAGAAGAGAUGAUCGCCGUGAUGAUAGAGAUAGAAGGGAUGAUCGUGAUCGCCGUGAUGAUAGAGGCUCAUCAUGGAGAUCUAAAGCUGAUGAUGAUUCUAGACGUCCUGCACCGGGUGGUGAUCGCGAUCGUGAUCGUUCUUCUAGAGGUGGUAAUGAUUGGAGAAGUGGAGGUGGUAAAGAUUUAAGAAAGGAUGAUAAAGCCACGAGAGGAGGAGAUCGUGAUAGAGAUAGAGAUCGAAAAUCAGGACCGACUCGUAAUAGUGAUAAUAAACAACAUGAGCCAUUGCCCGAAUCUGAAGACGGAUGGUCCCAAGUAUCCAAGCGUCGUUAAAAAAGGUACAACGCACAUCAGCGCCUCGAUUUAUUAAAAUUGCGGGUUAACCAUUAAAAUUAAGAAUCCGAUUUUAAUUAUUAUUUUACGGGAUUUCAUUGCUUUAUUAAGAAUAUAUUUUACCAGUUUGAUUUAAUUUCCUCUGUUCUUACUUUUUCUCGCCCUUCAAAGUUAUAAUAACAGGUUUACGAUUUAUAUAUUUAUUAGGAUUGUAAUGCUACGCAAUAAAAUUUGGUGAGGUUCAAUAAA